AUGUUCAAAGCUAUCAUAUUCGCUGUCAUAUGCUUCGUCAUUGUCAGUGGUAAUAUCAAAGAUGACAUCAGAGACAGAGCAUCCGAAGCAUUACAUCAAGGUGAAAAAGUUAAAGAAAAAGUCGCUCAUAUUGUGAAUGAAGGCGUCGUCAAUGCGAAAGUUGCUGCUGAUUCAGCGUCAGAAAUACUUCAUGAGAACGUUGACGUACUGAAAGAUAAAGCUGCUGAAGCAUUUAAGGCCGGUCAAAAAGCAGCAGAACAAGCGAAAGAUGUUGCUGGUAAAAAACUCGAUGAAGCUAAGAAAGCUGGUGAAGAGCUCAAGAAGAAAGCUAGUGGUAGUGUGGAAGAUUUACGAGAUGCCGCCGGUGAAACCGCGAAAGCAGCCAAGAAGGCAGCUGAUAACGUUGCCGAACAAGCUGCAAAACAUGGUGAAAAACUCAAACGUCAAGCCAGUGAAACUGGUGAAAAGUUGAAAUCGGCUGCUAAAGAUGCAAAGAAACAAGUUGAAAAACGAAGUGAAGGUCUCGGCGAUAAACUCUUCAGUAUCCUCAUCGAUGUGAAAAACUCGAUUUUCGAAACUAUCGGAUUAGCAUCAAAGGCCGCUGCCGAUGUAACUGAUCAAGCUAAAUCGAAAUUCGAUGAAGUAUCCGGUAAAGCGAAGAAAACGGCCGAAAAAGCCAAGAAGAAAGUCAAGGAAACCGUUGAUCUCUAA